AUGGGUAUGGUAUGGAUAUGGGUAUGGAUAUGGAAUGGAUAUGGGUAUGCAUAUGGGUAUGCAUAUGGGUAUGGAGUGGAUAUGGGUAUGGGUAUAGAUAUGGGUUUGGGUAUAAUUAUGGGGUAUGGGUAUGGUACAGGUAUAGGGGUAAUGAUGCAGCUAUUGUAUGGGUACAGGUAUAGAACAGAUAUGGGUAUGGGUACAAUAAGGAUAUGGAUAUGGAAUGGAUUUGGGUAUUGGUAUGGUAUGGAACAGAUAUGGGUGUGGGUAUGGUAUGAGUAUGGUAUGGGUAUUGGUAUGGGUAUUGCGUGGUAUGGGGUAUGGUACCGUUAUGGGUAUGUGAAUAUGGAUAUGGACAUGGAUAUGGGUAUGGAUUAUGGGAAUGGUAAUGAUUUGGGUAUGGGUAUAGGUAUGGAAUGGAUAUAG